CAUGUCAGCAGCUAGCCUAGUUGCGUCAUCACACACAUGCAAGCACACACCCCGCAGACAGACAGACAUAUACACACAUCGGAUUAACAUUCACUCGCGCCCUCCGUCACAGAAAGACAGACAGACACACGUCGAGUAUGUAUGUUUGUAUGUUGAGAAAGCAAUGAUCGUCUCACAUCUGCUCACUCAGCUCUCAGCAUGCGCCGAGGUGUCAAUCAAGUCGUGAUCGACACGUCGCUCCAGCACUCAGCAUCCACUGGAUGGAUGGAAGCAUGGAAUUAAGUCCUAAAGAAAACACUUGCUCGUCUACGUAUGUACACCCUACUACGUAUGGAUCGUAUGUAUGUAUGUAUGGCUCUCGCCGGUGUAUGUCGCCGAUUGACGAUUGGAAAAACAGCAGAGGAAAACUAGAGCCCGCACACACCCAUCCACACACACACGUACGCCACGUACGUAAACGGCCAGACAGACAGGCAGACAGCUGACUGAGGCGAAGGACGAUUCAGGCACGCAAUUCAUUCAUUCAUCCACGCAGAGACACGUACACACGGAAAGAAACACUAGAGGCCCUCACCAUACCACAUCCACAGACACACUCACACGCCGUCCCGUCCAACCACACACCACCACACCUACCGCCGAGUAGGUGCGUGGCGAGGUUAGGUAGUGUAGACAAGAGCAGUGUGUGUGCAUUUCGCCCUGGGCCGACCCAAAGGCAAACAAAACGCCGACAGAAGGACACUCACCGAUGUCACCUCCCCUCCCCCCAUGGCUGCCAAUGGAACGCACAUUCACACACGGACGACAUAAAACGGCCAGACUGAGGCAAAGCAAUGACACGGACAGACAGACAGACAGACAGACGCCCACUCACACGCAUACACUUCUUUCUCGCCACUACGACAUGAACCCCUCUCCCCCGCCCUCUCAUCAAGACUCCAUCCAGCCCUCUAUGCCUACUGCCCGCGGCGAAAGAAAGCAACACGAUACGUGUGUGGUGUGUACGUGCGGAUCAGUCCAGUGGAGCGAUGACGGUGAGGAAAAGACAGCCAGUCAGACGGAGAAAAAAGGGCCUGCACGCACCAGCGACAGAAGCGAUUGGCGGCUGGCUGGCUUUCGUGUCAUUGUGGCUGCCUGGGCCUUACCGCAAGGUCGUGUCGUAUGUAGAGAGAGGCCGGGCCUACUGCCGGACUCUUCGCCUCCUGCCGUCAGGCUUUGCAGGGGCAGGCUUUGCAGGGGCAGGCUGUGCAGGGGCAGGCUUCACGGGUGCAGGCUUCACGGGUGCAGGCGCCUUAGGUGCAGCCGCAGGACCAGGGGCCACUCUGCGUCGUCUAUCGUCAUCAUCAUCGUCGUCGUCAGUAGGCGGGCAAUCCCCCGAAGAGGGAAGCGAGAGCUUUUGGUCGUCGUAGGUGGUGCAGUCGCCCUUGAGCUGGUUCUUGCCCUCAACACACCGAUCAGCUACGACGUCAGCGAAGCAGAAGUCCUCCGACUCGUACUCGCCUCCAUUGCCCAU